CACAACAAUGAGGAGAAACUAUCUACAGAUAGUGACGCUACAUGCAAACCAGACAAGGCUGAAGCUGGCAGCCUAAUCAUUCUGCAACUAAAUGUCAACGGCCUUUGGCCUAAAGAACAAUUGGUAUCAGACCUGCUACAAGCAGAAAAAGUCGAUGUGGCCCUAUUACAGGAGACCCGACUAAAGGGCAAAUCCAUAAACAUACUUAAUUAUGUUGCCCACGUUUGUAAGUGCUCAGUAAGGUGUCAUGGCCUAAUGACACUGGUACGAAAAUCUCUAACCACCAGAAUAAAAGAGUGUAGGUGGGAAAAACCUAACACUGACUCCAUACAUUUACAGGUGUGGAAAGACGGUAUCUCAUACGAUAUCUUCAAUGUCUACUCUCCCCCAAAACUAACUGUGGAUCUGGACUUUGAAAAGUCCGCUUUCACCAAAACAUUAAUAGGAGGUGACUUUAAUGGCCAAGCAACCCUAUGGGGGUACAAGCGAGUCAAUAAUACUGGGAGAAAACUGUUAGACCUCUGUAACUCCACCAACUUGUGUAUUAUGCAAAGCGUUGAGACCCCACCUACUUGUAUACAUACAAGUAAUGGUAGAGAAUCCAGGCCGGAUCUCACCAUUAUCUCUAGUGACUUGAGGCAUAAGUCCACGCUUAAUGUCCUCAAAGACAUUGGAAGCGACCAUCUUCCAAUUCUUAUCAAAAUAGGAAAAAAUGACGUUUUAGCAAAAAGCUCUCGUCCAAACACAUGGAGGUACCAAAGCGCAAACUGGACGAAAUUCGCCAGUUUAACAAACUCCUCAAAUUUCCUCUUUAAAAGGAAAAAAGGGCCCCCCCCCCCAGUGGAAUGUACGAUAAAUGGUGCGCAGGUGUCCUCACUGCAGCAAAACGAUCAAUUCCUGUGGGGAACAGGUGUCAAAAUAAGGGCUGGUCCACAAACCCUGAACUGUGCAAACUCAUAAAGAGUAGACAUAAAGCCAGAAGACGGGCGCACAAGUCGGAAUCGGCUCGCAACAAUUAUAAUAUAUUGUCCAGAGAAGUAAAAUCCAUGCUCACUAAACUCAAAAGAGAAGCGUGGACGAGUAAAUGUCAAAAACUUGACCUAAAAAAGGACGCCAAAAAAGCAUGGAAUAUGCUCAAAAUCCUCACGGGGACCACCCCUUCCAACCCAAGCCCUAUAAGGGCAAGCAGCGGGAGACUAGCCACCUCCGACCUGGACAGGGCACAAGUCCUAAACAAACACUUUGCUGAAUCCAACAAGCAAAAGAAAUGGUCCCAAGAAGGGAAAUUCCUUGAAAAGGAACUAAAGGAAUUAGAAAGCAGUCCACAAUUUGACAUGAAUUCGAUCAUGUCAUCGCAAAUCACACGCAGUUAAUUUGAAUUCGCCCUUUCAAAGUGCAAGGACAACACUGCAAGUGGUCCAGAUGGAAUAUCAAAUAAUAUGCUCAAUAAGCUUGGGCCAAAAGCUAAAACAGCAUUGUUUAAUUUGAUCAAACUCACAUGGGAUACAGGCAAAAUCCCAAACCAGUGGCGAGAAGCCAGGAUAACGGCACUCUUGAAAAAAGGAAAACCUCCCGAAAGCCCCGGGAGUUACAGACCAGUUUCGCUCACAUCCUGUGCUGGUAAAGUUGCCGAAAGAAUAAUCAAUAGAAGAUUAUACUGGUACAUGGAGAGGGGAAACCUCAUCAACAAGAACCAAUGUGGUUUCAGGACAAAUCGACAAGCUCCUGACCAGAUUAUCCGCCUCACGCAAAGGAUAAUCAAUGGGUUCCAAAACAAAGAGUACAGUCGGAGUGUUCCUCGACUUGUCCCAAGCGUACGAUAAAGUCUGGAAAAAGGGUCUAAAACUAAAAAUGCUUAAGCUGGGCAUAAACGGCAAACUAUAUCGAUGGAUUUGCGAUUUCCUAAAGGAUAGAUCAAUCCAAACCAAAUUUGGCACUCAAGUGUCCAGCAUGGAACACUUGGAAGAGGGACUCCCGCAAGGGUCGGCCUUAAGUUGCCUUCUAUUUCUGAUCUACAUUAAUGAUCUGCCCGGAAUUGUAAGAUCAGAAAUUGCACUACUCGCCGAUGAUAUAGCCCUGUGGCGAACAGGCAAAGAUGUAGAGGAACUGGCAACUCACCUACAAACCGACUUAAACCAAAUUGAUGUCUACCUCACAAAGUGGAAAAUCGAACUAAACGUUUCAAAAUCCACAUACACAUUGUUCACUUUAAGCAGGGAUGCUACCAAAGUACCCUUUCUACUAAACUUUGGUAAGUUAACCCUAACCCGAACUAACACUGCGUGCUACCUAGGAUGUACGCUUGACCCAAAGCUGCACCUCCACUGCAAUAUUGACAAAUUGGUAGAAAAGGCAAACGAAAAGCUACGUAUGGUAAAAAUGCUGGCGGGCACCAAAUGGGGGGCCUUAGCCAGUACACUGAGAGGUCUGUUCAUCGGUGCGGUCAGGUCAUUGCUAGAUUAUAGCAUGCCUUUUAUAAACAUAGCUAGCGACACGGCGCUCCAAAAGCUCAACCUCAUCCAAAACCAUGGUACACGUCUAAUCUGCGGAACAUUUAAAAGUUCCCCUAUCUCAGCAGGAGAAGUAAUGGCCAACCUCGACCCUUUACACAUUCGAAGUGCCAGAGCGAUGCUCAUGUCGCAAGAACGUUUCCUCAGACUGGAUCCGUCCGAUCCCCUACAUGAGCUCAUGCUCGACCCACCUAACAGAAGGCUGGCAAAAAAGUCCUUCCUC